AUGAUAGCCGGCGAGGGUGGGGAGUUAGCGCCUUCGGUUGGCGCUGAAGCUGGAGGAUCUGCUGCUGAGACCCCGACACAAAAAAUCGGGCAGCCGACGACCGCGCCACCUCUGAAGACCACCCACACGGCCACAGACAAGCAAGCUGGCCAAGGUCCAACAACGGCCGGGCGGGAAUCACUUGUGGCAGCCAUGGCCAAGCUGGCCAUGGUCGGAGGUGACCUGGAGGCUGCAAAGUGUCUCAUAAAGCCGGAAGACCUUUUGGACCUUCUACGUGCUGAUCACAAAGGUGGUGAAAUGGAAACCGCUAUGAGAAUGGAUGGGAUGAGGCUGGCUUUAUACAAUGCAGCAUUGGAGGGUAAACCUCAAGAUUAUUAUAAGGUUCUACAGCAGACCACGACAGCUAUGAAAGACGAUGGCAUUCAGGUGAUGCCAAAUGGGAAUACUGUGCUUCAUGUUGCAGCGCUCCACGGCCGACAACAUCUUGUGGAAAAGGUACUAGAAGGGAAAGACCACACAACCUCCUCGUCUUUGUUAUUUGCCCAGAAUAAGAAAAAUCAAACUGCAUUACAUUGUGCUGCGGAGAAUGGCUAUGUCGACAUAGUCUCUAUGCUCAUCCAGAAGUCCAACGAUGUGGAAUCUGGGACUGGAGCAGCGGCGAGGAGGAUGAUACAAAUGACAGAUAAUGUCACGGACACGGCCUUACACAAGGCCGUGCGAAUGGGGCAUUUGGACGUGGUCAAAUUAUUGGCUGAAAAGGAUACUGAAUUUAAAUAUCCUGUCAAUAAUGCUGGGGAGACACCCAUUUACAUAGCAGCAAAAUCACAAUUGCCUGACUGUCUGGAGAAUUGGAGAAACUCCUCCAAAUAUAGGGAGAUUUCUCUGUGCGAGAUGACUGAUGAUUCAGGUUGGACGGCACUGCACUACGGCAUAAAAAAACUCAAUUCAAGAACUGUCCGUAUGAUUCUCGCUCAAAAUAAGUCUGCAGCUUACAUUUCGGUAGGCAAAGGUGAUGAAUGGACGACAGCAUUUCAUUUAGCAGCAAUGCAUGGAGACGUUACCAGGAUGGAAUACAUAUCAAAUAGCUGCCCAGAUAGUUGGAUGAUGGUUAAUAGCAAAUGCCAAAAUGUCCUUCACAAAACCGUACUAGAACAUAAAUUGAAUGUGGUAAAAUAUGUUCUGAAGCAUCCCCAAGCCAACAGCCUUAUUGAAGGGAAAGAUGAGGAUGGGAACACACCGUUUGACUUGCUUUCCGUUUCUAGUUGCAACCCUUUGAAACGUUUUGCUAUGCAGUGUCUUAUGUGGAAGCAGUUGGGCUGGAAACUUGUUAGGAAGGGUGGUAAAACUGGUGGCAGAGGCCGAGGUUAUCUCACAGAAAAACCAAAAGUUGAUGAUGAGAAGAAAAUUAAAGAUGCAGAAGAAGCAAAGGAGGAUAUUAAACUUAUGCUAGAAACAAGUAAAGCAAACAUAAUCGUGUCUACAUUGUUAUUAACGGUAACCUUUGCGGCCGGUUUUGCAGUCCCAGGAGGAUUCGACAGCAAUUCUGGGAAAACACAAGGAAUGCCAAUACUGGCACAGAAUACAGCAUUUAAGAUAUUUGUUAUUGCGAAUGCUAUUUCUUUCAUUUUCUCUAUUUCGUCGAUAUGGAACCAUAAUAUGUUGGUUGCAGAAGCCUCAUCAUCUGCCCCAAACUACAUCACUGUCAAGGAACUUUAUGGUCUUAGUGGGUGCAUGAUCUAUGGCGCUACCUUGGCUGCAAUCAUGGCAUUCUGCAGUGGGAUGUACGCCAUCUUAGCAACUUUACGUACUGUCUCCUAUAUUGUUGUAGGCUUAGGCGGGUGGAGCUAUAUCGUCAUCAUUCUUAUCAGAGUUAGAGCUUACACCCCGGAUCCGUACCCAAAAAAAAAGAAAGAAAAUUAA